GUCACGUGUUCAGGCAGUCACGUGUCCCAGCUGUCCAGCCUGAGGCUUUUAGUGCGCUUGCGCCGCAGCGGGGCGGGGCAGAGUGUGUUUCCGCAGGGGUUCCUACGGCGGGAACGUGCGCGUGGGCGUCGCGGUCGUCUUCUCCGCGCACAGCCUAAGAUGUGAUCAUGCCAGCCAGACUACUCCAAACCCUGGCAGGUUUGCACAGCGUAUCAUCAAAGGCUCAUCAGUGCCAGAGACUUACUAGGCUUACAUUAAGACCACUUACAAAAUUCGAAAGUACAGCAUGCCACAACAGCCUGACAAUACAGCAACAUUUAGACUCAUUCCUUCCGAGCAUAACAGCUGACAGUUUGAAUAAGCCCAAGAUCCUGGAAACGAGCCGGGUGAUAUCAAACGCAAGCAGACUCUUUCCGUUAAACGCUGUCCAUUGGUUGGAUAGAAAAGAACACCAGCCAAGCAUGCAUGCCUUUGGGACUCACAGGAACAUGACCCACAAACCAAAUUUCUUGUGUUCUAAGUGGUUUAUAAAAGCAGUGAAAAGGCAUCACUCAUCUGUAUCAAAUGAAGCCCUUGUUCCCAAACAAGACCUUCCCCAGAUCAAGAGGCCACUGAAAGCAUCCCGGACCCGGCAACCAUCCAGGACCAACCUUCCAGAUCUGUCUGUGAAUGAGGACCUGAUGCAGUGCACAGCGUUUGCAACAGCAGAUGAGUAUCACCUGGGAAGUCUUUCUCAAGAGCUGGUCUCCUGUGGCUAUGUGGAAGUGACAAGCCUGCCUAGAGAUGCAGCAAAUAUUUUGGUUAUGGGUGUGGAGAGUUCUGCAAAAGAAGGCGAUGCCGGAACAAUUUUCUUGUUCAGGGAAGGAGCUGCUGUGUUCUGGAAUGUAAAAGACAAAACUAUGAAGCACGUGAUGCAAGUUCUAGAGAGACACGAAACCCAGCCCUAUGAAGUGGCUCUGGUUCACUGGGAGAACGAAGAGCUGAACUACACAAAAACAGAGGGGCAAUCCAAACUGCACAGAGGGGAAAUCAAGCUGAAUUCUGAGCUGGACUUAGAUGACUCCAUUUUAGAGAAGUUUGCCUUCUCCAACGCUCUUUGCCUCUCAGUGAAACUGGCUAUUUGGGAAGCAACACUGGACAAAUUUAUUGAGUCUAUUCAGUCCAUCCCAGAGGCUUUAAAAGCUGGGAAGAAAGUCAAACUGUCUCAUAAAGAAGUUAUGCAGAAAAUGGGUGAGCUCUUUGCCCUCAGGCAUCGAAUAAACCUGAGCUCAGACUUCUUGAUCACCCCUGACUUCUACUGGGACAGGGCGAACCUGGAGGAGCUUUACGACAAGACCUGCCAGUUCCUCAGCAUCACUCGAAGAGUUAAGGUCAUGAAUGAAAAACUGCAACACUGCAUGGAACUAACAGACCUAAUGCGCAAUCACCUCAAUGAGAAGCGAGCGCUCCGCCUGGAGUGGAUGAUCGUCAUCCUCAUCACCAUUGAGGUAAUGUUCGAGCUGGGGAGAGUCUUCUGAUCUUGUGAUCAUGAAAGCACCACUGGAAGAGAGUAGUCAAGUUCUGCAACCAAAAAACCAGCGUUCACUACUGGUGACUCUUAAAUCAACCCUUUAAAUCAAGGACCUGUCAGUGCACAUGGGACACACACCUGGAAUCUCCAGGCUCUGGAAGCCAAAGCAGGAAGAUCGUAAGUUCCAGACGAGCCCUGGGCUACAUAGGGAAGCCCAGCCAUACUGGGAAAGCAGAGGCAGACCGCCCAGUGUGAGGCCAACAGUAACACAGCAGGACUGUCUCAAAAUGGUCCUUUCAUCUCUUAAUUAUAUUGCUACCUGAAUAAAAAUCCCGAGUAUGGUGUUUGGAUCAACAUACUCAACAGUUCAAAAGGAAAACGUUUCAUCAGCUUAAAGGUCAGUUAACCAUCUGAACAUACAGAAUGUCUUAGCAAAAGGCCAGCUCUGGACACCACUCUUGACUCUGGAGUCAUGGGCCUGGCUUAAGAGCCACACACUUGUGAGAUAUGUUGUUUUGGCAGGAAUACACUUUCUACCUAUAACAUUGAGGAAGUCAGACUCUCUACAAGCACACUGUAUUGUGUGGAGGACUGAUGGACCUCAUACCUCCAACACAUAAAAUUAAAAGACGUAAUUCUC